AUGGCAAGGCGCCGCGCCAAAAAGCGCACGGCCGAAGAAAGGGCCCUUGACGACCUAGCAGAGCCUCACUCCGCGCUGUGGACCUGUUUGAUUGAGCUCUGGGCCUGGGGCAGCUUGUCCAGUCCGAUUGUUCAGAAGCUAGCGUCGGCGGCCCGUCAAAGCGGGUGCCGCGCCAGCGAUAUCUCGACUCUUGCGAACCUCGGCCACGGCGGCGCGCAAGAAGGAAACGUGCACAGGGAUCUCCUGCGCGCGUACGCUGCCCGCUGCGUCACUCCAGAGCUCCGGCGGGUCCCGUGCGUCACACGAGUGAAAAGCGCGGAAGGCGAGCGCACGGAGAGCACGUCGCAGGCUAUACUGCCAGCCUCUGAGUGGAUCCGCAGCCUCUGCGGGCACGGGUUGGACGCAGCCCUUCUGGGCUCCGAGGCAGACCGAGUGCGCUUCUGGGAGCGCCAGCUGAGCUCCCCUCGAGCCGUUGGCGUGGGGUACUACCACGUCCGAAGCUUUUGCCCCGCGCAGACAGUGCCUCUGCUUCUCUUUGCGGACGGGGCUAGCCACGCAGAGCAUGACGGCACUGUGGCCGUCUGCUUCCGCAGCCUGCUUGCCCACCAGUGCGACAUAGCAGAGAGCAUGUUUCUCUUAGCUGCCCUGCCCAAGUCGGCAGCCGUUAAAAGGGAAUCCUGGAGGCAACUAUGGUCCGCCCUGGUGGCGGACUUCAAUGAUCUGGCUCACGGCCGCGCAGCCGACGGGUCCGCGUUGCCUCUGAGGGCCGUGGUGUGGGUCGUCUCGGGCGACUAUGAGCACAUGGCAAACGAAUAUGGGCUGCCGCACUGGGCUAGCUUCCGCUGCUUUUGGUGCUGCAAGCAGAAAGCUGACUUCUUCGACUUCGGCGACAUUGCGCGCCAGACCUACGCUGUCGAGGACUUACUCGACCAGGCAGCCCUCGAACACCCACUCACCGCUUUGACAAAUUUUUCUCCUUGUAUGUUUGCCAUCGACACCUUGCACUGCCUGGAUCUGGGCGUUGCCGCGCAUGUGUACGGCAACGUGUUCUAUGAGCUCACGCGGGAUUGGCCGGAAACCAAGAUCGGCAGCAUCCAGCGACUCAAUCGCGAACUGCGGGCGCAUUGCGCAGCUCUCGCGGUGCAGCCGCCGCCCCUACUACGACACGAGCACUUCUCGCCCGGCGCUGGCGGGUACCCGAUUCUGCGACACAUCAAGGGAUCAGUCGUGAGGCGCCUGGCGCCUGCAGUCGCGGCCCUGGCAGCCACGUAUGGCUGUGGGUCCACCCACCGCAAGAGGCGCGCGCGCGUGACAUCGCUGCUCGCAAGCCUCUACGAGGCUGCAAGCUGCCGAGAUCUGGUGAUGCCAGCGAACAAGCAUGAAGACUUUGUCAAUGCGCUUUCGGAGUUCCUAGACCAGUACCGAUGUCUGAGAGCUGCGUGUCGUGAUGAUGGCUGGCACAUCGUCUUUAAGUUCCACAUGCUUCGGCACUUGGAUGAGCAGUCCAAACACUUGAGCCCCAGGUAUGUGUGGACGUACCCUGGGGAGACGUUCAUGUCUCUUGUGUGUCAGCUAGCCGGAUCCUGCUCGCGGGGCACCCCUGGCCGACUGCUUGGCGUCAAAGUGCUAGAGAAAUACCGGGUUGCUCAGCACCUCAUGCUCUCAGGUCAGAUACCUGUGCGCUCUCGUAUGGUCAGCGACGAGCUCGGCGAGUAG